AUGGUUGGUAGAGUGGGAAAACAGUGUCGCGAGCGAUGGAAUAAUCAUCUGCGUCCUCAUAUCAAGAAGGACAUUUGGACUGAAGAUGAAGAGGGAUGGUUAAUUCAGGAGGCAGAUCUCAAGGAGAAGAUAAAGAAAGUAAAAGGAGAUAGAAGAGAGUUAACAGUAUUACAAGAUUACAUCAUAAAAAAAUAUUUUAGUAAUGGUUCCACCUCCACUAACUCAAAUUUUGGCACCACCACCACUACAGCAAAUCCGUCCAACGCUAGCACACCACUCUCUAAUGAUGACGACUCUACACCCUUUUUCAGUUUCGAUCAUGCAAUGAUGAACUGGAUUUCAUGA